AUGGUAAACACCAAAACAUUCAAAGCCAAUGACGACAACUUGCCCUCUCAUGGAAAUGUAACUGCAGUCAACAGACCAACAUGUCUCGUCUUUCAGGGAGCUUCAUUUUCUUGUUCGUUGCAAUUGCUCUGUUAUCUCAGAGCCAGGCAAACCCUGGUUGGAGAAAACGCAGUGCCGAACCCGAAGCAUCAACAAAUCUUGAAAGAUGGAGCAAAAGAUCUGCGGAGGCUGCUCCCGGUGGCUGGGGAAAACGAUCUGCUGAGGCUGCUCCCGGUGGCUGGGGAAAACGAUCUGCUGAGGCGUCGCCUGGUGGCUGGGGAAAACGAUCUGCUAAGGCGUCGCCUGGUGGCUGGGGAAAACGAUCUGCUGAAGCUGCUCCCGGUGGCUGGGGAAAACGAUCUGCUGAGGCCGCUCCCGGUGGCUGGGGAAAGCGAUCUGCUGAGGCCGCUCCCGGUGGCUGGGGAAAACGAUCUGCUGAGGCCGCUCCCGGUGGCUGGGGAAAGCGAUCUGCUGAGGCCGCUCCCGGUGGCUGGGGAAAACGGUCUGCUGAGGCCGCUCCCGGUGGCUGGGGAAGGUAGUUAGUGUUUAGCCAUAAAGUCACCAAUCCUGUCUUUAGUUGUCAAGUUUCUGCAUCCUCCAAAGAAAA